AUGUACUUUGCAGAACUGAUAAGCAUGGUGCAAAAACGGCCUUUUGUUGAUGAGGAGACAUAUGAGGUUUCUUGCAAGUACCAGAGACAACUAGAGUACAGUAACCAGCUAGUUUCGUUCCUGGAAUUUGUCCUGCUGAGGAUACAACACAGCAACCAAACUUUUCAGGAGAAUUCUAUCAGGAUGGAAUGUUAUAUGUUGCCUUUUUUACGCCUAGAAAUAAUAAAUGGAAAUUUAGGGGCGCUUAAUGAAGGUCUUUACUCAUCUGUGUGGCUGACCGGCCAAUGUGUAAUAGGUGAAGGUGGGGGCUGUUUCAUAAAAGGUGAUGAGAAGCAUACUGAACUCCUGAUAUGCACUGAAAAUGAUGGCAAAACCAGUAGUCCUGAUAGUGUUUCCAACACUUCCUUGGACAGCUGCAGUGUUAGCAAAGAAGACAAUGGGUCAGAAGUACCAUUUCAUUUAUUGUUCUCCCAUGACCGCUGUAAUCCUGACUGGCCAAGAAGAACAUUAGUUCACUCUGAAGAGAUAUAUACCUCUCUCUUGGAAUGUCCUCCUCGGAAACUAGUUCCAGUUGGAUCAGAUUUUCAAGCUGAUAUACCAGAAUGGGGUACACAGGGUACCAAGAAUGUUACUGGUGGUUCAAAUGGAUCUGAACCAUUAACUCACUUUCCUCAAGCUUCAGAAUUGGAUCUCAGUGAUCAUAAUGAUGAUGAGACUAAGCUGGCUGGUAUUUGUGUCAUCCCAAUGCCUGAAUUUGGACCGUCUGCGUACAACGGCGACACGGUUGGUGAUGGUAGAACUGAUUGCUGCUGUAGGGAUUCUGGAUCUGACAGAUGUGUUAGACAACAUAUCAAAGAAGCCAGAGAAAAACUUUGGAGAAUACUUGGCCCAGAGAGCUUUUUGGAGCUGGGAUUCUGUGAUAUGGGAGAGGUAGUGGCAGGAAGAUGGAGUCUAGAGGAAGAACACUUAUUUCAAGAGGUGGUUUUUUCAAAUCCCGCAUCAUUGGGCAAGAACUUUUGGGAUCAUCUUUCAAUGGUUUUCCCUAACCGGACCAAAAAGGACAUCGUCAGCUAUUACUUUAAUGUCUUUGUGCUGAGAAGGCGGGCCGAGCAGAACAUCUGUUAUCCAAUGAAUAUCGACAGUGACGAUGAUGAGUGGCAGGGGAGCGAGGAUUCUGUAGAGGAAGAUGAGGAUUCUGUGGUUGAAUCCCCGGUGUGUCAAGAUGAUCCUUUUCAUAAUGAGAUUCACGAAGAAGAUUCAAAUGAAUAUGAUGACAAUGUAGCGAAUGCAGGUUUUAAUAAUUGUGAAAACAUAGUUGUUGAUUGUGAUGAUAGUAUCAUUAAUGUUCCAGAAACACAGCGGGGUAAACUCUUCUGGGAUGAUAGCAGAGACCAUUACCUUCAAGAUGACUCAUGCACUUCUUCUGAUGCUGGGACUGAACCACAAUCAACCCAUGUGAAGGCUAACCAUGGCAAUUACUGUUUGGAUGGUUUUAAUAGCCAUGAAUUUGAUUUGGAGCCUUGUGACACUAAAGUAUGGGAUAUUGGGUACUUGACCUGUCCUAAAAAUGAAGUUGAUUUUUUACCUACAUGCAGUAUGAUUGAAGAGGUCUUUGGGGCCGGAGCUUGGAAUUACAAUGCAAGUGAUGGCCAGGGUUGAGUCAGCAUUGUUUUGUUGUUUUAUUGCUUGCAAGGUGGUCCAGGCAGAAAGUAGGAAGUGCACAGUGCAAGAUUUCAAAUAGCGGUUCCAAAUUCGAGUUAAUUAUAUUUUGUCGAGUUAAUUAUAUUUUGCCUCUCUCAGAGGAAGACGGUUUUUGGCCCUCUAGGCUAAUCCCCUCUGGAUUUAUUUAUGUUAAGAUGGUAAGCAGCUCCAAUUUUUCAUUGGUACUGUUCAAAUGGUGGAAGAUGGACAUACCUGCCUGCCCUUCUGUAAGAUAUUGUUUUGAAGGUGGUUGGGUAGUAUAUAGGUUUUGAGUCAAUAAUGUGGAUUUAACUGUCCCCAGAUUGUGCAUCUCUGACUGCCUUUCUUACAUAAAAUCCCACACUGAUUUUCUUUUGUUGUGGGGUUCUUUCCCCCAAGAGAGGUUGAUGCGUACUAGUUAUUGCAAGUGCAAAGGCAUUGUGUUAUGUAAUAUUGGAAUAUAUAUAUAUAUAUUUUUUGUACCUUCUAUGCAAUGUUGAUAAUAGAAAUAUUUCAAUUCUUUUGUUUGGA